AAGAAAGCUUAACUUGGAUGUGGUCAUUUCUUUGUAAUGACAUGAAAGCACUGACAUUAGCUAAGUUCGUCGUGGGUGGAGAAAAUAAAGGGGAAGCUGGAGACACUGGACCUAUUGGUUCUGAGACAGAGAAGUGAACACCAGACACUGACAGAGAGCAGUGGGAAAACAAGCGAAAGAAAAACUGAGGCUAGUACAGGUGAAUUUAAAGGAGGGUGAACAGAAAACCACAGCAGGAGGAGAACAUCAAGUGAAGUCAUGGCACAGCAUCAGCAAAGCUGCUGCUUUCUCAUCAUUCUGUGCGUGAGAGGUGUUCUGGGUGGUGAUUGGUCAGUUGUUCUCCCCUCUAGUCCCAUUUGUGCUGCGGUUGGUUCUACAGUAAUCUUCCCCUGUUCCUAUGACUACCCACUUAACUCUGAUGAAGUCCAGACAGAUGGGCAGCUCUCCGCACAGACAGGAAGCAGUGAAAAGAAGGUUUUGUCUAAGAUGUGGUGUCUCGGAGACAGUCGCUGCUUAACGAAAAGCUAUGUGUUCCACAGUGAAGGUAUUUUACAGGAUCCAUCUUAUCAGAACCGGGUGAAGUACCUGGGACAACCAGGAAGCAAGAACUGCUCUCUGAGGAUUUCUAAUCUCAAAGAGUCAGACAGUGGAACAUACGUGUUUUACCUCAUCACCAACCAUAAGACACAGAAGAUGCCUCCACAGACUGGCGUGCAGUUCUUAGCGGCAGCUACAUGCACUGCAGUUGCGGUCAUGGCGAGUCCAUCCCGUUUCGUCCUGGAGGGGACAGCCUUAAACCUGGCCUGUUGCAACCCAGCUGCCACUUCGCUAAGCCGCUUCACAUGGUACAGUACCAAAGGUGCCAGGUUGGAAGGUGCUGGACCGGUGUGGAAGACCCGCAAAGUUACAACGGCUCAUUCUGGCAGCUACUACUGCCAAAUGCAGACUGGAGACGAAAAGCAACGCUCAAAUGUUCUGGAAAUCGAUGUGCAGUACUCGCCUAGAAACAUAAUCCUCUCCACCUGGAGAGCGGAGAAGGAUCAUCGUGUGACUCUGACCUGCAGCAGUGAGGCCAACCCACUGGUCCUCACCUACUUUUGGUACCAGGGUGCAGCAUGUCUCCCAGCAGCAGACGUAAGCUUUUAUCGAGGAAGAUCCACCCAGGCUACAUUGACAGGAAGAGUCCCAAAACUCACCAGUGCCAACAUCACCACGGAGGACGAUGGGGAGCACUGCUGUGUGGCACGCAACAAACACGGCUUUCAGAAAGCCAGCUUGAUUCUGCCCAGCUUCGAAGUGGCCGACUCUCCAGAAAGGACAAUUUUGGUGACUGGAUUAACUAUUGGGGUCGUGCUGGCUAGUGCUGCGUUAGCUGCCUUUUUUAUGAUAAGGAAAAAGAAGAAAGCCAGAAGACAGCCAGACAGUGUCGCAGACACUGUCACAGUUGUCCUCACUGUUGUCCUCACUGGGACAACUGUGACAGAGUGAAGGAACUGCUUUGAUUAUGUGUGCCAACAUACACGUUGGGUAACACAAUGUUGAGACCUAAUGGAUGCAUGAGAUGUCGGAUCAUCCUGCCCUGUAAACCCCCCAUAUUCAUAAAGUUACACAAUGCAACCUAUUUUGGGAUUUUUGAAACAAAAAAGGACCAGAGUUUCCUAACCCUGGUCCCCAAAGCGCGCUGCCCGGCUUGUUUUAGAAGUGUCUCUGCUUUUACACACCUGAUUCAGAUCAUUACUGUUCAGCAACAGGCCUCUAACUCAGGGGUGUCCAAAGUGGGUCCUGGAGGGCCGGCAUCCUGCAUGUUUCAGUUCUCUCCCUGGUGGUAGAAACA